GCUCACGGCUUUGUUGGUUUUAUAUUUUAUUCUGUAAAUUAAGCUAUGGUAAAGUGUUAACCGGUAACCUGUUUGUUAAUCUCCGUACGAUAAAGUCGCAAGAAGAAGAGUUUACGGAAGUACUUUAAAGUCUUGCUAAUAAUAGAAUAAAGCUGCUUUUGUAUGAGUCAGAAAAACGAAAAACCGACGCUAUCAGGACAGCGCAUAAAAACCAGAAAAAGAGAUGAAAAGGAAAAAUACGACCCAACUGGGUUUCGUGACGCAAUCCUUCAAGGUCUUAAUGAGGCAGGGUCUGACUUAGAAACUGUUUAUAAAUUUUUGGAUUCAGCAGGAUCAAAACUUGAUUACCGUAGAUACGGAGAAACCCUUUUUGACAUUCUUCUUGCUGGUGGCAUUUUAGCUCCUGGUGGAAGUCUUGCUGCCGAGGCAGAUCCAUCAAAAGUAUCACGCACAGAUGUGUGCAUCUUUUCUGCUCAGGAUAAUCUUGAAACAUUAAGAAGCUAUGCCCAAGUUUUUACAAAGUUGAUACGUCGUUAUAAAUAUUUGGAGAAAACACUUGAAGAUGAGUUUAAAAAGGUAAUGGUCUUCCUUAAAGGAUUUACCCCAGAAGAAAGAAGAAAACUUGCAAAGGUAACCUCAAUUCUAGUAGCUGGUGGUCAAAUACCUGCUUCUGUUCUUGCAAAUACAUUGCAGGAUCAUUUAGUAAGAGAUGGAAUUGCCUUAGAAUUUAUUAUGGAUGUCUUUCAAGCAUGGCUUGUAGAUAAAGAUAGCACUUCAUUAUGGGGAGCUUUACGUAAAGCAGGGCUAGAUACUCGUUUGUUGGAAUUCUUUCCGGUAAGCAAACGUAGUCAAGAGAAUUUAAUUGCAACUUUUAAAUUGCAUGGUUUAACCCAGCUCUUAGAAUAUCAGAAAGCACAAGAAAAUUCCUUUGUAAAAAAAGAAUUGCAGCAACAAGUUUUCACACGAUUGAAAGAAAAAGCUAGUGUGAAGGAAAUCAUUCCUAUUGUGAAGGAAUAUAUGAUUAAAUAUUCUCUUCCCGAACCCGACGUUGCUGUCUUGUUAUGGACUUCAUUGAUGGCUAUUGUUGAAUGGAAUAAAAAGGAAGAAUUGGUUGCCGAGCAGGCACUGAAGCAUCUUCGUCAAUAUACUUCUCUGCUUUCUGCAUUUACACAAAAUGCCAAAGCAGAAUUAGCCCUUCUUGUGAAGGUUCAAGAAUUUUGCUAUGAUAACAUGAACUUUAUGAAAGUAUUCCAGAAAAUAGUUGUCCUCCUCUAUAAAACUGACGUAUUAAGUGAAGACGUGAUUUUGAAGUGGUAUAAAGCUGCACAUUCUUCUAAAGGAAAAAGUGUGUUUUUGGAUCAAAUGAAGCGAUUUGUAGAAUGGCUUCAAAACGCUGAAGAAGAAUCGGAAGGAGAGGACUAAAAUCACAAUAUCCGAGGCGAGAUUUUCUAGCCUCCUUUGUCCAUGGACAUUUCAGAUCACUUCCCAACAAUUUUAACCAUAAAAAGUCGACACCUCAGGACCAGGGAGACAAAAAAAAAUCAUACCAAGCAGUCCAUGUGCAUUCUGUUAAGCGUUUCUAUUUGAAUUUCAACUGAGACUCGUGGAUCCACUUCAUCCUUUUAAACCCAAAUUAAAACAGAUGAUAUCAAAUUAUUUUUGUAUGGUGGUUCUGAGAGAGAUACAUUAAAAAAAUUGCUUGUUUUAGGCUAUUCUCAGAAUUGUAAGGGGAGAUAUUUGCAAAUUAACCAGAUAAAAAAAAAAUGAGGUGACAGAAUACAGCAAACGAUGCAAUAGUUUAUUGGUCUCCUGUAAUAGUAUCAUUGUCAUUAAAGGGUGAAAAUAAAUUGUCAGUUUUUUAUUUUUUGACAUUUAUUACGAAAAGGCCGAAACGUAUUCUAACAUUCUUAUACUGAUUUUAAUAACAUUUUGUGGGCAUGUUUAUGAUACUCUGUACUGGUACUGCCGGUAUUUUAUACACAACAUUUUUCGUAAAUGUAAGGGAAUCUCUUUUCGAAUUGUGUUAUACGUAUGGCAAA